GCUUUAAGACACACACACAAACAUGGCGGCCUCUAUUACACCGCUACGCUCCUCCUUCAGGAUUUGUAGCCAGUUAACGUUACCCCAUCACUGCUGCCGGGCGAAACUGCGAAUGCACAGAAAAUGCGAGAGUCAAAGGAGACAUCUACACCAGACGGCGACGAGGUAAAUGGCACUUUGACUGAAACAGUGCAGCUUUUUUUCCUUUAAUGUAACGUACAGAUGGUUGUACGUUGCGGAAGGAUGAGCGACGCUUCAGCUGCACCGGUGAAGGCGCGUGCACCGUCACGUGUGCGAGGAGAGUGAUUGACAGGAGGUCUCACCGUUCACGGUAGAGGGGACAGGGAGGGCUGGGCUGGCUAGGCUAGGCGGGCAUCCUUUUGGUUAGAAGGUCAGUAACAGAUUUGGAGUAAAAAACAAAGCUUUUAACACAUCGGUGGGGUUACGUAACUCGCCGCAUUUUGCCGGUACGCGACCGUAUGUCAGCACGCUGCAUACCUAUAGAGCUGGCUGCUGCUAGCGGACGGUUAGCUACCGUUACAGCCGUUAACAGGAAGCAGGCUCUAGCCAUCUUGGUGUCCCGAGAGAGAAACAGUCUGCCACUGUGUGGUUGACAGAGGAAGACAAACUGCAGCAGCCUAAUGUGCUCAACAUGACAUAAAUGACUCCCUAAUAAUCAUUAUUCACUGCUUACAAUGAAACAGGUAACACUACACUUAUAUGGCCAACAAUAUGGAGGAUUUGUCCCCCCCAGGCUCUCAAACUUAGUGUCCAGCUAUCACAACAUUUUCAUCCAGCCGUUUUAGCUGUUUUAUUUAAACUUAGAUCACUCAUGCAAAUGCAUCAACUUCAUACUAAAUGUCUUUUUAUUAUGCUGUAAAAGAUGGCAUACCUUUACAUUCGGCUUCCUGCUCCUCUUUUUCUUUCCACUGCUCUAUGCAUUGUGCACCUGAGGGCUUAGACCGGCUUUGUAUCAUGUAGGAUUAACAUGAAAAUAGAUUCAACCUGCCGUCUGAGACCUAUCAGUCAGGCUUUUUGUCUAAUAUUGUUUCUCUUGCACACUGAUACCCAUCUCCCACUUGCACAAUAAAUGCACGUCACAUGACUCAGUAUUGCAAAUGCACACCAGUGUAAAAGAUGACAAACAACAGGACUUACUUAAAAGAUUCUUUACAUUUUUUUUUUUUCAGUUGUCUAUUUUCAAGACUGAGCAUGUGGAAAGGGUGCCUAUGGGUGCUGCAGAUAAUUACCUCUAUUUGUUCCUUCAUUUAUUGGUUGAUUGACCAAGUGGGACCUGCACACCCCUCCAGAGUUUAGCCAAGGAUGGUCAUGACAGGGAGUACAUCAUAAAAAUGACCUCUGAUAGUAAUUUAUCUAGGUUUCUUAAAGCUUAGUUGGUCCAUUACAGGAAAAAAAAAGUCACAAAAUUAAACAAUUAGUCGUUAGUUUUCCCAACUUCCAUUUAACAGGCAGAGACCUUGAGCAGAACCAGACUCAUGUCACAUGUUUUCACUCUUUUUCUCCAGGCAUGCCGCAGUGGUGAUAUCUGGGACGGAGCUGGCUCGACAGAUCCACAGAGAAAUCCAGCGUGAUGUGGAAGAUCUGGUUGCACAGGGCAACAUGAGACCCCACCUUGGAGUGGUCUUGGUGGGGGACAACCCAGCCAGCCAAACCUAUGUUAAGAAUAAGACCCGGGCUGCCAGCAUCCUGGGUCAGAUAUGAGCAUUACACACGUUUCUAAACACUGCAUGCAUACUGUGUACUGUUCACAUCACAGACAUCACACUGAUGUCCCUCAUGCAUGCUUCAAUAUUUGGUGCAUUCAUGGACAUCAACUGUAGAUACACAUGAAUAAACAUGAUUUGCACAAGCAUAGUUCAUGUGAUGCAUAUGGAAAGAUUAUGAACACGGAGUGUGCGCAAUGUUUAUGCUCUUUUCAGGUAUUUCAAGUGACACAGUUAUUCGGCCCAGCUCUGUCUCUCAGGAGGAGUUGCUGGAGUUGAUUGACAAGAUGAACCGUGACUGGAGGGUCAGCGGCCUGUUAGUGCAGCUGCCUCUUCCAGGUAAACACAGGCAUCCACAGCUGUACUGCUGAUGUCCUCCCUGACAUCCAGUUUAAACGGGAGUUGGUCUGAAUGGACUAGCUGAGACUGCUCAUAUAUGGGUCUUUUUUAAAAUGAUAAAAUGAUCAAUAGCUGUACACAAAAACUGCCUGAAAUGGCGUUUACAAAAUGAGUAAUUUUUAUUUGCGAUAUUAGUAUUUCAAUAGCUAUUCUGAAAACUUUUUAAACUCUGGCUAUGCAUACGCCUACAAACUAUGUGUCUAAAACUACAUGUUAUCCCAUUUUUAAAGUUAUUGUCAAAAGUAGCUGUUAGGUUUUAAUGUUAUUGUGUCUUAAAUUAUUGAGUCAAUGUUCUUUUCUAUCCCUCCUUCAGAGCACAUCAAUGAGCGAGCAGUGUGUAAUGCCAUCGCUCCAGAGAAAGAUGUGGAUGGCUUUCACAUAGUGAAUAUUGGUAAGCUGUGUCUGGACCAGAGAUCCAUGGUGCCUGCCACACCUGCAGCUGUCUGGGAGAUCAUCAAAAGAGCAGGUAAACUCUCCCAAAUUUCUAUCUAUAACAUCACUUUUUAUACAUUUGGCUUUGACGUGUUUAUCUGGGUUUUUUUGCUUGUUUGUUUUUUGUUUAGGUCUUAGGAUAAUCAUUACCAUAAGCCCUACAUUUUGUACAGCCUGUUACUUUAUCUGAAAUCACUACUACUCACUGGUAAAGUGAAGAACUUCUGCAGUGUCGGUACUACACUCAUGGAGGCACAUCUCAUGAUUGAAUCCUUACAAAACAUGAUUGAAAGAUACUCACUGCCUUCGUCUGAUCCUCUAGAUGGCGCCUGAGAACAAUUUCCCCUCACUUUUAUAUCAAUUUUUUUUUUUCAUUUCUUUUCAAAGUAAAAGUAACUUGCUUCAUGGCAGUUACACAAGAUCACUCAGUUAACUUCUUGGUGGCAUAUGGACAUGAAUAUUUGGGCAAUUCUGGUAUUUGGCUGAAUACGUUGUCCAAAAUUUGAAUACACAGAUGGGUGUGGUGCAAACAGUUUUGUGAUGUUAAAAAAAAGUUCUAGAUAUUUAUUAAAAAAAGAAAAAAAAGAAAGAAAAUAUCAGAAAACGGACCUCCACAGAAAGUAUUGUAACUCCUCUGUUGUUUUGCCCGUUAAAGCAGCUAGAGGGCACUGUAGUUCAGAGUAGCGCUUAAUUUUUCUGCUGGCCUGAAAAAACUGCCUCUGGUGAGAACCCCGCUUUCUGAAAACUGUUGAAAAAAAAAAAUGGCAUUGGAGGAACUGUAGCUUCCUGUUGCUUGCUGUUUAGUGUUUUGUAAAUGAUACCCUGAUUUCUGAUUGUUGAACUGAGGGAUCAUGUAGAUUUGAUUUGUAGACAACCUAAAGGAAAUCUUAAGAUGUAAAACGAAGAAUUAAAUCCACAAAAAGGGGAAAAGUUCACUCCACAGCAUGACUGAGCAGGAUACAAAUAUGUAACAGUUACUUAACAAGCAAACAGAGAUAACAGCAGAAUACAUGUCCAGCCAGAACCGCUAAUUAGUUUUUUGUCUGCUGACAAUGCAUGUAGUAAUUGCCCUUGCAUGAGGAGUCAGAAUCACAUCCCUCCACAUACCUGUGGGGUGAGUCAAUGUGGAAGUGUUGCUCCAGGCACUCUGUGGGAUGACCAUUUCAUCUUUGUGUAUUGUAACUUUUUGUCUCUUUUCUGAGCAGUAAGGUAGGUCAAGUUUUAUUUAUUUAUUUAGGACAAUUUCUGACAAUAAGUAUUUCUUUCCAGGUAUUGAGACAGUGGGAAAGAAUGUGCUCGUCGCUGGUCGCUCUAAAAAUGUUGGAAUGCCCAUUGCGAUGUUGCUACACACGGAUCGCAACCAUGAACGCCCAGGGGGUAAGUGUGUUUGUGUGUGUGUGUGUUUGUGUGUGCGUAUGCGCAAGUGAAGGUCCACCUGUCGACUGUGUUGCAUUAUGAUUGGAGUGCUUCCCUUGUAGUUAAUAGUAUUGCACCACUCUUGACUUUCCCUGAAAGGUACAUGUUGCUUAAUUUUUUUUCGGGAUCUGGUCCAUAAAUUCAUGCCUCAGUAAAUCUCGGGAUCUUUAACCAAACAAUAUAAGCCCAUGCACAUGUAAGAAGAGUUCAAAAAGGCGAAAAAAAACAGGGAGUGUGAAGGAAAAGUCCAAAGAGGGCGACACAUUUGGUAUUGGGCACUGCUGGCAGACGGAAACACAAUCCUAAUAAGGCUUCAGGAAGCAGGGAGGAGAUUUGGAAAGGAAUGACAUGGAAUUUUCUGUUCUGAUAAAGCAUCCAGAUAAGCUGGCCCUGUCAAGGUAAUGCAAUACGGCAGGACAUAUUACGAGAACUCAAUAAUACCUGCAUGCAAACCUGUGUGUGUGCGUUUGCUCAAGGGCAGUCAUCCCCCUCAUCCAUCGAAGGGGAACAACUUAAAAGGAUCCUUGAAAAGUUGCGCUUUUCCUGCUGUCUGUCACAAAGAGAGGUGUGCCCCUUUAAGUUACUCAGCAGUAUUAGAUCAGUAGGGGAGACCGGGGCUUGUUGUCACAUUUUUUACACUCUUAUAUUUCUUGGAAUCAAUACAUCAUAUAUAAACAAAAUGUGAACCAGAUGAAAGACCAAAGUCUCAGGUAUAUGUUUCAUAUUCAUGUCAUUUUCAUAUCUUGUGUCAGUGCAGAGUUAUAAGCAAUCAAAUAAAGUGUGAACAUGUGACAUGUUGCCCCACCAUCGGGUAAGUUGUCUCACUACAUGGGGUAAGAUAUCACAGUGGAUGUAGCAACUAAUAAAACAAGGAAAAAUUAUUGUUGUUCUCAUGCUCUGGAGUUAGGAUAGCUGUCUGACUCUGUAUUUUGGCUGGGGUGAAUGUUUUGCAGUACGGAGCCAAGUUAUAGUUGACAUUAAAGUCCUUUAUUGUCCUCCAGAUUGAUUUUUUAGCUCGGGUCACCUACCUGACCGCCCUCAGCAUCACGUCAUGUACUGCACUGCCAUGUUCUGUUUUUCUUUUGAAAUUCCUGACCAUGUUUUCUCACUUUCUCCUCCCCUUUAAACCACUCUUUUCUCUGUAAAGAUAAAGUCAACGUUUCAAUAUGACAACUGCUGAUAAGCAGACUCUCUAUGUUAAUUUUAAUCCCUUCUAAACAUGUGACAACUAACCCCAAAAUGACUGCGACAUGUUGCCUCAAACUACCAUGUUUGCUAAUUAAAGCUCUAGUUUAAAGUUAGUUUAAAACAGAACAAUGACUGAGGUAUGACAGGAUGCCUUAAUUUCUCCUCUAACAAGUCCACAUGUUUCACUGCUAGGAUUUUUAUCUGGAAGAAGCUUAUUUUAAAAUAUAUAAAGUUAAUUUUCUUUACUUUGGGUUGUGCAAAAUGGUUAAUUGGUGCUCAUCUCAGCUCACAAUGUGCCCUUCUCUUCUCAGACAGGACACGACCUCUGACCAUUUAAAGGAAGAAAACUAGUAUUCCACUUUAUAGUUGUGCCCUCUGGUGGCAAAGAUAAUUGCAAUGAGACAACUUAUUCAUGUGACAAAAAGCCCGGUCUCCCCUACUGUUAGUGCAAUCUGAUACAGUGAGUAUUUGUGGUCAUUAGACUACAUUGGACCAACUACAGAGAAGACAAACAUGAACAGGAUGAAAUAUCAGCACAAGAGCGAAGAGCUGGAAUUGUUUUUUUCUGCUCAUAAUGUAUUUUUGGGUCAUAAACCACAGGGCCAAGGAGAUCUCCUGUGAUAAUUAAUCUCUUUCAUACAAAGGAAGAUAUUUCCAAAAACCCUACACACUAAGUUUACACAGCUAACUUCAUAAAAGUCCUUCUUUUUCACAGAGCCUCCAUUGUGCAUUUUGUUUAACAGGGAGCCAACAAGUAAAAGCAUGUCAAAAUUUAACCUAGAUUAAUCCUGGAUUCUUAACAAAGCCCCACACUAAGCUGGAACUGAACCCUCAUUUGCAUUUUACAUUAGUGCGCAUCAACAAAGAGGAAUGCUGUGCAUGUUUGAAACUUGGCUUGUAAGGCUUCACUCUUUCUGAAAGCUGCAAAAAUAAGCAGAAUGGCUCUGAAUAACCAGAUUACAGAGCUGGUGGAUCUAAAAGGCACUUCUCAACUGUGUCAAAGACGCUCUGCUCAGAUUCAGAAAAGGAAAAAAACAAUAGAUUUUGCUUCCAGUUUCACUAAGAUCUCUGGUUUAAUUUUACUUUUUGGGUCAGUUCUCUUCUUUUUUUCUCUACCUCCCACUCUUGCGCGCACGCACACGCACACACACACACCAACACCUCCACACAUGUCCCGUUAGGUAUGUGACCCGGAGGUCUGAUGUGCUCUGACUUGCUCUUCCUUUCCUUUUAUUCUUAUCUUCCUUGUGUGUUCCUCUUUUCCGCCCCACUCCUGCUCUCCUGGUCACACUUCAGCUGUUAUUACACAGGAUGUCCUCACACAUUCAGGGUAACGCUCAGGGUUUACAGCAUCAUGUUGUUUUUGUUCGUUGUGCAAUCAAUGACUAAAUCAAAUGGGAUGAUUACACCACGACCCGCCAUGGAGUUUACUGCAGAGUGCCGAAGAUUUCUGAUUUAGAUCUUAAAGAGAGGUUCUUCCUUUAGAGGAAUAUGAUAAUAACAAAUAAGCUACUGCAAUGAGUAUAUUCAUUGAGUAGACAUAUGACAGCAUGCAAAGGAAUAUCUAAUUUUGUGUCUUAGCUGUUCAAAGCAGUGCAGAUAGUUUGGAUGAUGUUAUCUACCUUUGAAACUCUUGCCAGCUUUGAAUGUAUGUUUUUUGACGGAGGUGAAUAGAGCUUUGUUUUUUAAUCUCUCAAGGCCGCUCACAGUGUUAUGAAAUGACACGCCGAGCCAAGGCUGCUUGUGUUUUUCCAAAGUCGUAAAAACACUUGAACACUCCAGCACGCUUCUCCUCUUCUCCUUCAGUGUGAUUGUUCAGAGCUUAGCUGAGUCAGAUAUGAAUAAAUUGAAAACAUGGAAAAGACACUAUUGUUUUACCAUCCAGCUCUGCUAAAAUGUAAAACUUUCUUAAGAGUUUUUACAGUAUCUGACCUUUUUUCACCUGAAGUGUGUCAUCAGCACGUUGAUUGAAAACAUGAAGGGAAAGAAGUAGAAUGAAUCGUAACUUGAAAAAUUCCAGCUAUUUCAUGAACUGAAGGCUCCCAAUGUUGAACAUUUGUUUGGCCUUAGGUGCAUACCUGCAUGACACUCCACAUGCAGUGAACACAAGGUCUUUUUUGCUAUUUUCCCUGAAGGUUGAUGAUUAAUUUGUAUAAAAAUGUAAUAAGUUUCCUAAUGCGAGACAGUCCUUGAAGGCAAAAAAAAGUGAAAUGCCCUUUAUCAAAUCGCAUUUUUCAGACUAGCAAAUUUCAGCUAGCGAACUUUUAAUGUCAGAAAAUUGAAGAAAAAACCCUUUGAAAUGUGGUGAAUUUCUGAUUUUGGGGGAUUUGAUUGUCUCAGGUGAUGCCACAGUGACCAUCGCUCACAGAUGUACACCCAGAGAGCAGCUGAAGGAGUUGACCAGCCUGGCUGACAUCAUUAUUGCUGCUGCAGGUAAAAGAAAUACACUUUAAAACAUACACACACUCACGCUUGUGUCCUUUACAGCCCAAGUGAUGACCAGAGUCUAGAGUAAACCUUGAGUGCAGCCUUUUACAUGGGUUAAAACUGCAUGUGCAGGGUUUUCACAGCAUGUCCCUUUACUUUGGGGUCACCUUAAACUAUUUUCAGUAUCAGGUCAUCUGCCAAUCACAUUCUUUGAUGACAUCAGCCAGCACGCGAAGUGAGAGUUAUGAUCUUUACCAUCCAACCUGCUGUGUGGGACUGGGAAACUGUGUUGGAUACAGACAGGUGAUUUACUGCACACAGAUUUAAAAGACUGUGUUUUCUGGGUCAGAGUUUCUCAGGACUUGAGGACUGGUAUGUAUACUGUACAGAAAAGGAUCAGUGAAAACUUGACACGACUGAGCUGGUUAGGUUAGGAAACAGUCCUGAAAUAUCCCAUCUAUUCCUGGUCACCCUUAUCAAAUAUAUAUAUGUAUAUAUAUAUAUAUAAAUAUAUAUAUAUAUAUAUGUAUAUGUAUAUAUAUAUAUAUAUGUAUAUAUAUACACACAUAUAUAUAUGUGUGUGUGUGUAUAUAUAUAUAUACAUGUAUAUGUAUGUAUAUAUAUAUACAUAUACAUGUAUAUGUAUGUAUAUAUAUGUAUAUGUAUGUAUAUAUAUAUACAUAUAUAUAUAUAUAUAUAUAUAUAUAUAUAUAUAUAUAUAUGUAUGUACAUUUUAUGAAGUAUACUAAAGUUCAUUUCAGUAUUCUUCCCAAAGUAUACUUUGUACACUGAUACAAAUAUACUACCAGUGUACUUACAAGUAAACUUCUUCGGACCAAAAUGGCCCAAUUAGAUAAUAAACUAAUACUUUAUUAAAGUACACUUGAAGUAUACUUGAUUACUAUUCAUUUACUAGUUAACUUCAAGUCCCCUUUUUAGGUCAUAAAAGUACACUCUAAAACUUGUGUUUAUUUAUUUACUAUAUACUGACUAAUUUUUAUUCAUUUAUUUGUAUUUAUUUAUUUAUUUUUAUUUGGGGGGGGGGGGGGGGGGGUGCCUUCAGUGGGCAGGACAGAGUGGCAGAUAGAGAGGGGGUGAGAUGCAGCACAUGGUCAGGACAGGAUUCAAACCCUGUGACCACAGCAGGGACAGUCUCCAACAUGAUGUGUACCUUAAUUUACUCAGCUAUCUGCGGGCUGACUCUGAAGCAUAAUUAAAAGUACCUUUUUCUUUGCUUUUAUUUCAAUAGUAGUACAUAUUUGUAUACUUGGCUUGUACUGCUUAUCUUUUAAAGAGUAUAGUCUUAUAAUCUGACAGAGUAUACUCUGAAAAAGUUAGAUGGAAGUGUUCUCUGACCAAGUAUACUUAAAUGUAAGGCACAAAUACAUACUUAAGUAUAGCUUGAUCAAAAGUUUAAGUAUAAGUAUAUGUGAAAUGUAUUUAGACUUUUGGUGUAACUCUACGUACAAGCCAAGUAUACUAAACAUUAACUUAGUUAAGUAUAUCUCUGAAAAGUGCAUAAAAAAUAAGGUGAAGCACACUUAGUUUAAAAAGAGUGUACUUGAAGCUCCCCUAAACAUACUUCUUUUUGGUAAGGUAUGUAAUACUAAACAUAUGUAUUCUUUACUACAGUAGAAAGAGAUGAAUAAAGUCACGGACAAAACCAACAGGAUAUAUAUACUCCACUUAUUCUCAGUUAUUGUUUCACCUCUUUAUUAUCAUCUUCCUUUUCACCACAGGCUCAGUAAAAAUCAUGUUUUUUUAGUACGAUCUACUUUUUUCUACUUUUUCUGUCCUUGCUUUGAGUUCACAUUCAGGGACAAGCUUCUCUGCCCAACUAUUUUCAGAAAUCACUACUUUCUUUAUUAGCAUCAGUGAUUUGUGGCGAUGAGCAGAUUAAUGGAAGCAGAGCUGGAGUAUCUGUUGAAAGACAGUUAAGUUGAAAUGACAUGCCUCAGGGGGUGCUGUGUUUUACCUCUUUUGUAACAAAUGUCUUUCCCUGAUGACUAAGAGCUGCUUUCAGGGAAGGGCGCCUCAUUUUCUUUUCACCCAUCUGUUAAGUUUCACAUUUAGAAAUGGAUAAAUGUAUCUGUACUGCACUGCGGGAUUAAGUGAACCCUCUUCAGCUAUCAAAACUGUUUGGUUUUGGUGUUGAUGGAAACUGAUGUGUGCCGUUACACUUCAAACCUGUGCUUAGAGUUUAGUUUGGGAUCGGUAUGUCUUUGAGCCCCAUGUAUGUGGGCCGUUUACAAAAAACGAAUAUGCUUUAUAUCAUUAUUAAACUCAGACCUAAUCCCAGGGUUUUUUUAGCUGUAAUUUCAUACUUCUGAGUUCAGAGAUGAAACAGAAACACUUCACGUUUAAAUACUUCACCUUUUAUAGGUAGCAGGGUGACAACAAGGUGUGAUCUCAUCCUGCUGCUGUCUGAAGUGAGGUGUUUAUUGUCAUUCUUUUACAGUCCAUCGUCUGUAAUUAAGGUCACUGACAAGCAUCACUGCAACAGCUGGCAGUUCACUGACUUAGAAAUAGUCACUAAAUGUAACCUGCAGCAUGUUCCUCUUUUCCUAUAAGGCCAAUUUAUAUAGAGAAGGAUAAGGGCCACUAACAGAAAACAAUUGGUUAAAAAAGUUUUUAACUCAGAAAAAGUUAGAGUUACUUUAUAACAUCCAAAUAGUUCUCAGUGUUGUUAUUUAAAGAUAAUAUACCAAACAUGUCACGUUAAAGCUGAUCAAAGAGACUGACUGUAGCCAGAUCCUUGAGCCCUGUGUGCUGCCAACUCCUUGUCUGCUCUCUUCUUUUUUGUCAUUUUUAUGUGAUUUGAUUCAUUUUGACUCUGUAAGUAAAGUUAAAUACAGUAAAGACAGUCAGUUCACCUGUCUUAAUGGGAAAAGGGGGCUUUAUUGCCUGAUCUUGAUGCUGUCUAGAAGUGGGGCUUCAGUUUUGGUGUACACUGGCCGUGUGAAUUAAAAUCUCAUUUUAAGAUCUUGUUAUUUUUAAAUUCACGUUAGAUGUUACAUAACAACUUUACUUACAUCUGAAGACAGUUUUGCCUUUAAUUCCGGCCGCUUUGUGAUUUCUGUUUAUAGGUGUUCCCGGGCUGAUCACAGCAGAUAUGGUGAAAGAGGGCGCAGCAGUCAUUGACGUGGGAAUAAACCGCAUCAAAGAUCCAAAAACGGGAAAACUCCGACUCAUCGGUGACGUGGAUUUUGCAGGUAAAUAUCUAGGGCAAUUUUGAAUUUCCGUAGAAAGGCAUUGUUAGAUAAGUGGUUUCUAAAUCUGCAGGCUGCAAGUACAGCAAAACUGUGAAUUAAGUUAUUUCUAUAUAAUUUAUCGUGUUACGUUAGAACUGAAUCCUUGCUAGUUUAUUCAUUCUUCCACAGGGGUUAUGUCCAAAUAUGAACAGCUGAUGUCUUUUUCUAAAUUCUUGUGCCUCCACAUUUUAUCAGUUUUGGUUCAAAGAUUCAGUUUACUGGAUUUGAUCUUCCUCCUCAGACAGUAGAGGCCAAACAGAGAUCAUACCAUCAAUCACAGCUCCUGUUCUUGAUGUCAAACACUGUAACUCAAACUCUGUGUUGAUUUUUUGACUCUUUGUAGGAGUGAAGGAGAAAGCGGGUUUCAUCACUCCCGUUCCCGGAGGUGUGGGUCCGAUGACAGUUGCCAUGCUGAUGAGGAACACAGUGACUGCUGCCAGAAACGCACUGAUGCAUUAAACACACAUUACACACAUUACAAAGCUGGUAUUUAUUGAAUGAUAUGUCAUAAUGGAGAAGGCAUAUAUGCAAACACACACAUCAAUUAGUUUCAGUCAUACAAUACAUACACACUAAAUGAUUUACUCAUAAGCUCAACACUCCAUACCUGCUGGGAAACUAACUUGAUAUGUACUUUAUUUAUAUUUUGUUCAUCUAUUUAUUUAAGUUGUUUAUUUCAGAGUUCACUUUUUAAGAGUGUAGAUCAAUAUUUUUUCUACUGAAGUCAUUCGGGUUCAUUUUUGAACACUCCAGAUUCACUGGAAAAGGACUAUUCAAUAAAAAACACUGCUGUGCCAACAUGAA